AUGGCUCCGUCGUGUUUCGAGGUGAUCCUCGUCGGCUUUAUCCUCGUGCUGCCGUUUCUCUACGAGACCAGCCGCACCUUCCGCUAUUACUUCAAGUUCCUCAUUUAUUAUGGCGUCGUGAUGAUGACCGCAGUCGUGCUCAUGCCCAUCCUCUCGUUCCGGCCUGGCAAUGUCAAGAACUUCCUAGUGGCAUCGUGGUCGUGUCAAUACAUUAGUACUCUGCUAGGACUGCGAUGGGAGCUGCGAGGAAGGGAGCACUUGGAGAAGAAUAGGGCUUGUAUAAUUGUGGCAAAUCACCAGAGCUCAUUAGACAUAUUAGGAAUGUUUGAUCUUUGGCUGGUGAUGGACAAAUGCACUGCCGUUGCCAAAAAAGAAAUUUUCUAUGCAUGGCCGGUCGGCCUGGCCGCAUGGUUGUGCGGUCUGAUUUUCAUCGAUAGAAUGAACUCCGAGAAAGCGCGAUCCGCCCUCAAUACCGCCACGAAGGAAAUCAAGGAUAAGAAGAUUAAGCUGUGGAUAUUUCCCGAAGGAACUAGACGUAACACUGGUGAGAUACACCCGUUCAAGAAGGGUGCCUUUCAUGUCGCGAUCAGAUCACAGUUACCCAUACUACCAGUCGUAUUCUCUUCUUAUUAUUUCUUAUCCGCGAAAGAGAAGAGAUUUGAUUCCGGACACAUCCUCGUGACGACAUUACCACCCAUUUCAACUGAGGGACUCAGUACGGACGACGUAGAAGAAUUAAUGGAAAAGACACGAAGCACCAUGAGUGAAGUAUUUCACGCGACAAGUCGUGAAAUUCAACAAUCCCUUCCUGUUCGGUAAGAAUACAUCGAAUGAUCAUUAUUAGGUUGUAAUGGGCUCAUCUUAUAAAAAAAUGAGCAAAUGUAUGCUCACUUCUUUACAAACGUGGGGGAAAAAUUUUUUUACGAAACAUAACAUAGGUCGAGACAAGAUCUUAGAAACUAUUAAUUUUUCGUAGAUAUUCGUAGUGGGAUGCAGAGUGGCAUUGUUUGAGAACGGAGGGUUUUUUGUUUUUCAAACAAACAAUGCCACUCUGCGUCCCACUAUGAAUAUAUACGAAAAACUAAGAAUUUCUAAGAUCUUAUGUCAAUCUUAUAUCAAUCUAUGUAGUAAAAAUUUUUUCGUAAAAAUUUUUCCGCCGAGGAGAAUAUUAGUAAUAUUAUAAUUAAAUAAGUCUCCACGCGGGAAUCAAAAACUUAGCGUCCGAAUAACGUUUUCUUAUUGUGUUAUUGGUAUAUAAUAGUAUUAUAGUAUCCUAAUUUAUAUUUUAAUU